CAGGAGCGCGUCUACGACUCCUUCAACGCCAACGACGCGAGGGCCGGGAGCACGGUGGAGCUGAUCGACGCGAUUCUUCGGGGGGAGCGGGCGGUCACGGACCUGCCGCUCAUCCGCGUGGCGAAGAAGCGGGGUGUGUAUUGGUGCGUGGACAACCGGCGCUGCUUCGUGUACAAGCACUGCCAAUUGGGCAAGAUUCCGAUGCAGGUCUUCGACUGGAAGGACAGAGCGCAGCAUGGCGUUGCACAGAUCGAGGUCUGUGGGCGGAAGUCUGGAAGCGACUCCGCCUUCCUUUUCUCCCGCGGGGGAUAUCAGGUGGCCGCUUCGCCGAUCACGGC